GUCGUCCAUCUCGCACGCAACGACCUCCUCAUCAUCCUCAUCCUCUCUCAUCUCUCUUCUUGAUUAUCUUCUCUUUCCAUCCAUCUCCGUCUCCUCUUUCUCUCCCAUCCAUCACCCCUCGCAUCUCAUCACCCUCCUAUCGCUCAUUGCAUCAACCAUCACUCUUUCCACUCACCUCUCUCGCCCUCCUCCCUCCUCCCUCCUCCCUCUUGCCUCCCACCCACUCGCCUUAACAGCAGGCUUCUCCUCACUCGCUCGCCCGCACUCCCACACCCUCGCACCCACGCCAACACUCCCAUCUCGCAACGGGCGGCGUGGUCGCCAUGUACACUCCGCCCCGCUCCCUCGCAAAACCCGCUCCCAUGGCCUCGGUAGUGCGCACUCCCUCCCCCCUCUCCGCUGGCUCAACUCUUCCAACCCAUCUCCCCACCUUGCCGCCAGCCUACCACGCCCCUCCCCCACCUCAACCUCCAGCGUCAAAGCCCUCUCUCGGCUACAGAGCAUACCCUGCCUACCACCCCCAAGCCCUUGACGUCAGCGUCAUCGUCUCCCAGGCCGCCGACACCGCUGCAACUACCUCGGCAUCUGGCUUUCGCCGUGCUCACUCUCGCCCAGCAAGCGUGAGCAUGGCUCGUGGCGCUUCUCUCGACGCAGAGAAGGGAACCGGUGGCAACGGCACUGCUGGGCCAUCGCCGCGUGCAAGCUACGACGUGCGCCGCUCACAUGACCUCCGCGAGCUCAACAUGCGCCCAAGCCAUGACAUUCGCCGCUCUCAUGAUUUCCGCCCCAGCGUUGAUUUCGGUGCUACUCGCCCGUCCACCGACUUUGGCCGUCCCUCGCAUGACUUUGCCGCCUUCCCUCCAUCCUGGGCGCAUGCAGUGCAGGAUGAACCGCCCCGCAGCCGAAUCCCGCUGCGCCAGCUCGCGAUUCGCGCCGCCCGUGAUCGUCUCGGCUGCGGUAACCGCUCUGGCGCCCUAGGCCGUGGUCUCAUGAUCGGCUGGGUGCUCACAACUGUCGGCUUCUUGGCCGCCACAGCAUUCUGGAAGGGCGAGCUAUUUGCUGCUCUUGACCACUUGAGCAAGGAUCUAUAUGACAUGGGCUACCGGGGACUGUUCGUGUUUGGCGUCCUAAUCUUUAUCACCACCAUCCCUCCGCUGCCACUAUACUCGACACUCAUCGUACUGUCCGGCUACACCUUUGGCGUGUGGAACGGAUUCGUGGCGAGCUACAUUGCGUCCCUCGUCGGAGCCGUGGCGGUUUUUGUGGUGUCGCGCACUAUGCUGCGCGAUGCUGUGACACGGUCACUAGCAUCGUCACCCACUGCCACGUCUCUUCUCCAGAUCAUUCCGCAGAACCCUCACCUUCUGCUGCUCAUCCGCAUCGCGCCGUACCCGUACAACCUGCUCAACGUGGUCCUCGCGUCGGCGCCUUCGCUCUCUCUGCAGACAUAUACGGCUUGCACGGCUCUCUCGCUCUGCAAGCUGGUACUGCACACAUGGAUUGGUGCCGGCAUCCACGACUUGUCUGCUGCCUACGGCACGGGAGAGGAGGGCGCCGAACCCGCGCCGCACGACGACGCGCAGCACGAGCGCGUCAAGGCUGGUGUGACAUGGGGCGGCAUUGUGCUCUGCUGCAUCCUAUUCGUGUACCUCACACACAUUGCCAAGCGCGCGAUCGCGAGGGCGCAGGAGGAGCAGUUGGGCACGGGUAUGGGUAUUUCGGAGGAGGAGGUUGCAUUCCUCAGUGCGGUGGGAGGGCGCGACGACUCGGAGUAGGACAUCUCGGGUUGGGCAUUUUUCUCUGGCAUACGCUGGAGCUAUCGGUUGUACUUUGAACUAUGCAUACGGCGUCGCCGACUCGUGGGAUGUGUCAUCCGCGGUG